AAACUGAGCCCACAACAGUACCCGAAGAACAUGCCAGCCCCCAUGGUAGACGUAGAUGCAAUCGAAGAGUUCGCAAACGAAACAAGCAUAGCCUCCAAGCGCUUCAUUGCGCUGGAGAAGUUGGGCAAUGGGGCGUACGGAGAGGUCUUUAAAGGGGCCUUGUUCAGACAGCACGGCGCGCCUGUGCUGUGUGCGAUCAAGAGCUUGAAGGAGGAGCACCGAUUGAUUCUGGCUGAAAAGUAUGUCAGCGUGCUUGAGUAA